UUUCCAUUUAAACUUUUACUAUCCAUCUCCACUUACUUACUUACGUGCCGGAGAAAACAGCCUAGUUGUUCCCCGCUCCGCCAUUGCCGCCAAAACCGAUAUGUCGGCCCGAAAUAUCGGACUUACUUCCACCUCCUCCGAUUCAUCCGCCGCCAACAGCCGCCACUACUGCGACAGCAGCACCGCCGCCGCCGCCGCCUCAUGUUUUCCCACAAAAGGGGCCACAGAGAUCCGAAUCACCAUCGACCUAGUCGCCGCUGCUCGCCGCCAUCUCUUCUUCCUCCGCUCCGUCGCGUGCUCCACUCUCCUGCAGCACCCCGCCGCCAUCCUCCACUCCGUCCGCCGGUACGAGGAGAUAUGGAUGCCGAUGAUGGCGGAUCUAUCGAACCAAUCGUCUUCGGUGCCGAUGCUCCUCCCGCCGCUGGAUGUUGAAUGGGUCUGGCUUUGCCACUGUCUCGAUUCGGAACACUAUCGCGAAUACUGUGUUUCCAGAUUCGGGGCGGUUAUUGAUCGGCCGGCGAUUCUCGACGAGGAGAACGAGGAUUACGCCGCCGACCGCUGCCGUGAGAUUUGGAACAUCCGCCAUCCAUCAGAGCCCUUUGAAUUCGAGAUCGAUGCGGAUAAUUCAUCCGACGCAGAUACCUCAAAUGCGAUCUCUUGUAGCGGGAUCUUUGCGUCCGUGUUUAAGCGCCGCGAGCUUUGUUCCUUCUUCUCCGAUCCUUUCUUGCCGGAGAACGUCUACCUCGUCCCUGCUCGGAGGAGGUACAUAAAUUUUCUCUUCCUGGUGAAGAAUUCGGAAGUAGGAAGCUUUCGGAUGGUGCCAGCAGCAGAUAUACGCCUUAUGUGGCACACUCACCAGAGUUUCCCGGGAAUUUAUGUGACUGAUAUGGAGGGAAUGGGAGAUUUUGGGAGGUGGGUGGUGGGGUUCAAUGAUCAGGUGACGAUGGAGGAGGCGGAGAAGACGAUCAAGGCAUGGGAGGCUGCGUUCGACGAUCCAUACGAGCGAGCUGGGGCAGCUCUAUAUCUGCCGGCGUCACCAGGGCGAUUGUUCUUCAACUGGGAUGCUUUGAACAACGAUGUGAAUCGCCAUUACAAAAGCCUUCAACCAAGGUUCCUUAUGGAGGUGAUAGUAUUUCUCAAAGGCAAAUGGGGAGAAAAGGAGAGUCACAAUGUAAGCAAGACAUUUCUGAGAAUGAGAACAUUUAGAUCUCACAAGGAGUUAAAACUGGACAAGUCCGUAUGUGAGUUAUCAUCUUCCGAACAAUGGAGGAAGACAUGGCACCUUUAUUGCGAGUUUGGCACAAGAGGCAUCGUGAUCGAGGUUCGCAAACACGGAAACAGUUUACUGAAAAAUAAAAAAUUGAUUAAAAAGACAUAUUUUUACUGGAAUGAUCUGCUCCGUUCAAACUCAUUGACAGUAAUCCGAGAACUUGAGUUUGAACGUAGGGCUUUGUGUUCAGUAACACCCCCAGUCCAAGCUCCAUACUUGCUGAAAACUGUUCCAGAUUGUGUGACUGAUGACUCUGGUGCUAUGAUCUCAGAUGUUAUACUAAGAAUGAACCGUUAUAGGCCGCAAGAAGGUCGCUGGUUAUCUCGAACAGUGCUCGAUCAUGCUGGAAGGGAGUGCUUUGUUAUUCGUACACGAGUAGGUAGGGGGUUUUGGAGGAGAGGAGCUGAAACUCCAGUAGCCGUUAAAUGGGAUGAUAGAAUUGUGGAAGUACGCGAAGGCCAGUGGUCCUAUGUUGCCAGUUCUGUAGGUUAUGCUCCUGCAAAGGUGGUUGGUACUGCAAUUCCUGCAAGAGAUGAUUCAGAUGAGAAGAAGAUAGUUUGGUCAUUGUCUACUGGAGAUGUCUUGACAAUAUGUUGGGAGCAUGGAUUGAGUUUUCAGCUUCAAAAUGAGAGUUCGGAUGAAUCAGUUCUGGUGCAACCAGGAAGAAAACUCCAAUACCAAGUCAGCGAAACCAAUCCAGAAGAAGAUCAGCACUACAUCACCAUAGUUAGGUCCAACCCAGCCAACCCAGAUGGCAAAGCCAGCCUUCUCAACUGGAAACUCCAAGCAGCAGAAUUCCUGCCUGAGGAAGAUGCAGUUUUUGUUCUCCUCAUCAACAUGGCUGUUCUUAGAACCAUCUCUCAGAUCAGAAGAGAAGACAUUGGUGGUCUGCUUGUCCGUCGCCGCGUCCAAGAAGUCGGUCCAGGAAUAAGAGACUGGGGUUCUGUUGGCCUUCCGGCAAACUACUCUCAUGGCAUUCUUCUUCCCCAGUUCCAACCCUGGUACUGGAACAAAGCCGACGAGGUUUUGGCUCCGGCAGAAGCUAGUGAUUGGCGACGGCAGAAACAUAGAUAUUCGCCUGUUGAUGGUAAAGAUGAAUUGUACAGAACAAUUAUAGUUUUUUGAAGAGGGAAGAUAAACCAGUGAGGCUAUUUACAAGAGUAUGUUAAAAAUGUCAAAUGAGUUCCUAGAUUUUUUAAAUAUUGUUAAAAUGGAAGCAGACAUAUUUCCCAGUUAGUUGUUAUUGAGUGUC